AUGGACAGCUUUUCCCGAUUACCGACCUUCGUGCUAACCAACAUCCUCGGUCAGAUACAGUCCGAUAGAGAUCUGUUCAAUCUCAUACGAGCCUCGCCACAAUCACUGGCAGUCUAUGUCCAGUAUCUCUGUAUGGUUACUCGUCAAAGGCUCACACGCUUUCUUGAUCUCGACACUGACGACAGGAUGCUACAGGACGCUCUAGCCAUUAUCAAUUUCCCACCCAUUGACGAAAAGUCACCGAUUUCUCUCCCUGUCAUGUCAGACUGGUUGGACACAUUGAAUACCCGAAACUUCAAUCAUCGUCACAGCAUCGAUAGCCUCUACCCCUUCUUUAGUCGUCUUAUCGUGUUUAUCGAAGACUAUCUCGCUAAGUCCUUGGACCCUUUCCCUGCACGCGCUUGCAUGACACUUCCAACGAUCGGACGCUUUGUCCUGUCCAUGCAUUUCAAGGGCAAAGAAACUGACAUCAAGCCCGUUUCAUUUGGCAUAUUUCCGGCACAUACCCAACGCCGCCUACUACAAGCCUUUAUUAGGUAUGAGCUUCGCUGCAAGAUCUAUGACCCGCGCGUAUUGGUGCACCUCGAGGAAACUCGCUAUGAGGGUAUUGUCGAUCGACUGAACGAUAGACUUACCCUCAGUGACUUCGAGGAGCUCUACUGCGUCUUUGAAUAUGUCAGAGGUAUGUACGGCGCUGUCUUAGCCCAAUGCAAGGACGAUAUCUGGUUCCCCGAUCGGCCAGAGCCCGGCACCACGGUAGCAAAGCGCCCAAGCAAUGGCGAGUAUCUUGAACCACCUUCUGCCAAAGAGCUCGGUCUCUUGUUUCCUGAUGAUCUUUACUUUGACGGGGCGGUCUUUUCUGAGGCUCGAAAACUCGAUAUUAUUUCUUGCCUUGGCCUAGACCAUCUCAGCUCAAUCAUCCAGAACCUACAGUUCGAUGAUGAGACUCUCAUGGCUAUCGACCCCAAGAUAGAGGAGCUCAGGUUGCAAAUCCUACAGUCAAAGAUAUACCGUCAACGAGGUUGGAUAUUCUGCAGAGAUUUUCCUGGUCCUCAGCCAACUCUACCCGCUAUGGAAUACAUCACCACAGAACAUGACGCUGUGAGCGAUUGGAUUUGCCUCGAACAGGAGAAACACAGACGAAGAUCUCAGAAGUGGCAAGACUAUUGGGCCGCGCGAAGUUUGGAGGAUCCGCUCGACCCCGAUACUUCAGACAAAGAAAGUAACCCUACCAAGCGUCAGUCGGAACCGAGAGUAUCUGUUUCUUCCAAUAUCCCACGAUUCUUCUCGGGCAGAACGGUAUGGUGA